AAUGAGAAUUUUUUUAUGAUAAUAGGCAGGACGAAGUUAGCUUCAUUUUAUUUUUCCUUGAACUUUGUGAUUAUUGUGAGAACCUUCGAGAUGUACACUCUAGGUGUAGCGUUAGCCUUAGCAUUAUUUGUAUCAUCGGAUGCAGCUCCUGGUGAAGUUGCCGCUGCAGGAUCAGCUCAAAUAAGUGGCUCAAUACCAAAAGUACUCUCCUUCGAAAAUGGGAACGUUGGAGUUAAUUUUCUUGGAUUCAAAGCUUCAGCUGGCCUUGGAGGCGGGCUACACGCAGAAGCAGAAACUCCUUUUGGACAAGCUGCAGGAGCCGGCCUCGGAGGAUACGUAGACGAACAUGAAGGCAGGUCUGCUGGUGGUCUGUAUGCAGGAGCUACAGCUGGCGGUGGAAUUUCAGCAGGAGCAGGUCUGGAAGGAACAGCAGGAGCGAAAGGAUCAUUUGGCUCUUCGUAUGCAGGAGCAACUGCUGGAGGACUCACUGUGUCUAAAGUCAAGACUGUUGCUAAACCUAUCGUAGAAGUAGAAUUACAAAAAGAAGUUAUUGCACCAGCAGUUUACAAAAAGCGGGUAGAAAUUUCUUCAGCGCCAGUGGUACACGAAAUCGUUGAAGAAAAACCACAAAAAACUUACAUUGAACGAACUGUGAUACCUCAAUACGAAGAAAAGACAAUAUAUGUGCCAAGUUACGAAGAGAAAGUUGUUAGAGUACCAACCGUAGUCGAGAAAAAAGUGAAAGUAGCAGUUGCCCCCAAAGUAGUAGAGAAAACUGUUGUCAAACCUCCUGCCGACGUAGAUUUUGAAAGAAGCGUAGAUCAUGUUGUUGAAACAGCAGCACCACCAGUAGGUGUGAUCACUGAAACUAGAACAAAAUAUCGCACUCGUCCACUUUUCAGGAAGCACUUCUUUUUCGGAGGUGCUGGUGGUUUAGGAGGAGGUUAUGGAGGAGAUUAUAGGAGUAAUGUUGGUAGCUAUGGUGGAUAUGGCGGCGCCAGUUCAUUUACUGUCUCAAAAUCUGGUAGUGGACAACUUAUCAACGAUAUCUUCAAUAUACCUAUCUCAACACUGGGAGCAGUCAAUAGGUUAGUUGGAGGGUUGGUUGGUGGUACCAGUGGAUCCUUCUCAGUGUCCAAAUCAGCGAGUUUGGGGGUAGGAGCAUCCGGUUACUAAGUGAUGAGUGGUUGAGGAUUUGCGAUAUUGUCAGUAUUGUUUCGAAAUUUUGGAAUAAAACGUCCGAUUUAUUA